AUGGCCAUGGCUCAGCGGUCACGGCCUGAGUGGGAUUCAUAUCAAAACCCCAACAGCAACAACUGCCAGGACGUGGGGAACUCCAUUCUGAUACUGUUGGGUCUCAUCAUCUGUAUUAACAUUGGCAUCAAUUUGGUGACCCUGCUCUGGAGCCGACUCCGCAUCAUCUUACACCGAAUAUUCCAUAUCAUUUGUGAGAAAGAAUCUACUCAAUUAUGCUCACCUAGGAGGCAGAUCCAGCCCUCGAGGAAACAGACCUACCCUGAAGUCCAUCUUCGAUGUACCAUGGACCCUGUGAAAAUGACCGUGACCCCCCCACCCACUCGGCGUCACCGCCGGAGAGCUUCCCAGUCUCGCCGUGCCCACCGCCCACUAGCUUGGGCCCCUGACACUGACGAAGGGAGGCCUCCACAUCAGCACCAGGCAAUCUGCUCCCACCACUGGGAUGGUCCUAAGGACUGGGAAAGCUUCCAACCCCUGCAGGAGAUCUGGGAACCCUGGACUCAGGAUGGUCUUGAGCAACCUCCCCAGACCAUCCGUUUCCAACCAGCAGUAGAGGGAAGGCCUCUCAAAACCGAGAUCCGGUCAGAGCAGGGCCUAGAGGCCUACGUGUAUACUGUGAACCCCCCGCCUCCCAGCCCAGAGGCUUUGAGCCAUAAAAACAAUGGGGUGGGGCCAGGGGCAGGUGUUGAGGGUGAGCAAGCACAGUGCCAGCCUGCCUCACCAACCUUCCUGGGUCCAGCAAAUAUCCCUGAAAUACCUCGGCGCCGUUCCUCAGGCCGAAUAGUGUAUGAUGCCCGAGAUGUGAGACGCAGGCUUCGAGAACUGACCCGGGAGGUAGAAGCAUUGUCCCACUGUUACCCCUUGGUUUCUGGAUCCAGCACAGUUGAGGGGACAAGCAAAGAUUGGGUGUAUCGUCCCCUAAAGGGAAGAUGA